AUGACCAUGGUUUGCCUUGCGAACAGGUUUGUCUCGGGCAAGAUCACGUACAAGAAGAAGCCUGGAGUUUUCAUUCCUGCAGGGAAAAGAGCGAGGAGGAGACAGCAGACGCCAACGGUUCCUGGCGUGGACUCAGAGUACCAGAAGGCCAUCAGCAACCUUGUCUCUAACCUGAGGACGAGGCAGCGCGGGGUGAGCAAGGAGGCGCAGAACAUAGCCAAGGGCGUGACCAGCAUGUUCACCAGCGACUCGGUGACGCAGAGCAUUGCGAACUUAGCGUUAGGCAUCGCUGAGGCGCGGGCGAGAGAGGAGGAUGGGAAUGAGUUCCUGGGGAAGGCAGCGGUCAGCACCAGCGGACUGCAUGCAGCAAAGUCCCCGAGCGCUCGGACAGGAGAGGACUGGAGGGACGCGAUGAGCAUGUGGAGGAAGCAGGGGAUCAUGAACAAGAAGUUCCGUAGCGACGUCAAGCAUCCCAGCCGUCUUGACCCCAGCUCCGGGCUGACUCAAAUGGAGCUCAAGACUGUAGAGGAGAACCCAGCGUCAGGAGCGAGCGGGCCGGAGGCAGGAGAGUUCGCCGAGUCUUCUUGUGCCGCCUGCCUGGUCUGUCCAGGUUGCUGCGACAACGGCUGGGUCCCGGGCUGCCAGGGAGCGGUGCUGCUGCGGAACGUGACCAUGGCGGCGCGGAUCAGUGACGCUCUCAACUAUGUGAUCGACCCCAAGGAUGCAGCGGGGAUCGAUCAGCGGCUCUCCUCGCAGUACCAGUCCACCUUGAGCUCCUUCCUGGCGAGCAGGGAAGCAAGCGAGCAACGAGCGGCGGAGGCCAAGCUUGAGGACAGCGAGCACUACCAGGAGAUCAUGAGAGAUAGAAAGCGGCGGCUGCUGAAGCGGAAGAUCCGUGAGCAGGAGAGGAAGGCAAGGUUGAUGCCCUUGGAGUCGAUCGCAGAAUCGUCUUCUGCUCCCCUGGACGACCCUUGGUCUCAGUACUAUGCGUUUCAGGGAGUGCUGGGCAACAACCCCUCCGACAGCAAGGGCAAGAAGUGA